CGUCCGCUCUCUCGCCUAAGACGAAGUGUUACCCGGUGGGCUGUCGGUACCGUUUUAAUUCACAGCAAAACACCCGCAAAAAACCCAUCUGCAACCAUGACCAGGAAAUUCUUCGUUGGUGGAAACUGGAAGAUGAACGGCGACAAGAAAAGCCUCGGGGAGCUCAUCCAGACCAUGAACGGAGGCAAGGUGGACCCCAAUGUCGAGGUGGUAUGCGGUGCUCCAUCAAUCUACCUGGACUUUGCAAGGUCCAAGCUGGACGCCAAGUUUGGCGUGGCUGCUCAGAACUGUUACAAAGUUCCCAAGGGUGCCUUCACUGGUGAGAUCAGCCCUGCGAUGAUCAAGGACUGUGGUGUGAACUGGGUGAUCCUGGGACACUCUGAGAGGCGCCACGUCUUCGGAGAGAGUGAUGAGCUCAUCGGUCAGAAGACCGCCCACGCUCUGGAGAGUGGUCUGGGUGUCAUCGCCUGCAUCGGCGAGAAACUGGACGAGAGGGAGGGCGGCAUCACCGAGAAGGUCGUCUUUGCUCAGACAAAGGUCAUCGCAGAUAAUGUAAAGGACUGGAGCAAGGUCGUGCUUGCUUAUGAGCCUGUGUGGGCCAUUGGCACCGGCAAGACCGCCUCCCCACAGCAGGCUCAGGAAGUUCAUGAGAAACUGAGGGAGUGGCUGAAGACCAACGUGUCCGAGGCUGUGGCCAACUCUGUGAGGAUCAUCUAUGGAGGUUCUGUGACCGGCGGUACCUGCAAGGAGCUCGCCUCCCAGAAGGACGUUGACGGUUUCCUUGUGGGCGGAGCCUCCCUCAAGCCUGAGUUUAUUGACAUCAUCAACGCCAAGGCAUAAAAAACUCUGCCGGCUGCAGCAAGACCAUGUCCAGAUCAGAGGCCAGCUCCAUUCAGACGAUCCAGUUCCAUCAUCCCUCACUCUCAGCACUUAGUCCUCUUCCCCUUUUUAUUCAAAGUAUUUGUGUAAUGUCGUCAUUCCCUCCUUUUCCUUUAUUUUUUCUGGUAUACUUUGUCACGAAGAAAAGGGACAGGUUGACACGUACACUGUACUGCACUGAAAAGAGUUAAGUCCACUGAGAAUAGCCUGUGUGCAUACUAACUUCCACACCAAGUGCUCAAGCUGUAAAGACUGACAAUUACACCUUGAGGUGGGCGGCCAGUCCACGCCUUUACUUGAAAAGUUUACGAACUUUUUUUUGUAAACAGUGUCACAGCUCUCGUCAAUCAGAUUUAUUUGUCUUUUUAAUAUCUGUGUCUCUUGUGUGAUUAUGACGUUCUGUGGCUUUUACCUCCCUGUAGAUGUGCAUGAUCCGCUCUCUCAUUGGCUGUUUUGCCAUGAGGAAAGUGUCCAUUACAUGUAAUCAUAUUGGUCGAAGGGUGGGAAGGCUGUAAGGAAACAUAAUUAAAGGUUUAGAGACUA